AUGUACCGUCACCGUCGCCGUCGCCGUUGUCGUGCCGUCGCUACCGCCACUGCCAUCGCCACCACUACAGCCAUUCAUCUCCUUGAUGCAAGCACCAAUGCCACCACGUGCUUCGACAAUCUCUUCUCCCGUUGUCUCUUCUGUCGAUGCGUCUCCGCAGAUCGCGAGACGGUAACUUUUGAGAAAGAACCCAUGCCUUUGAUCCCCGCCAGCGGCGAAGAAAGCGACGAAAAGCAAAGCUUCUCCUCCAAAAACAGAUUCUCUUCCCGCAAUGCUUUUCCAAGUACGAUUUCGUUAAGGUGAAGGUGCGGUUGGGUGAUAAUGUGGAUCACUACUAUGUUCUGUCCAGAUUUUUGCUCAGUAGGAUGCUAACUGUAACCAA